UGGCAGUCGAGCUAUUUUUCGAGCAAAUUUAUGAGUGUGUCAUUUCAGUCGCCUUUUUUUCGCUGUGAAACGUUCUAAAAAUUACACAAAUAUGUUUAUUAUUUAGUUUUGGUUGUUUAGUAAAAGUGAACGCCGAGUUCCAGGCCAAUAUCUGGCCUUUUAGGAUAAUAAAAAAGUACAAUCCGUUCUCUAUCUGCCCAAAAAUCUUUAUACUGUUGUUGCUUUUGGCGAUGACGUCGCUGCCACCAACUAACAGCGCAUACAAGCUUCUACCACUGCCGCUGCCGACUACGCUGUCGCCACCGACGCUUUCUUAAAAAUAAAAGCAAACCAAUUGAUAUUCUAUUAACAUAUUAGAAAAUUGUGAUUAAACCAUAUGCAUAAAUGUGAAUUGCCUAAUACGUUAUGCAGUGAAACGGGUUAAUUGUGAGAAGUUUAUAUAAUAUAUGUGCCAACCGAAUCUGAGAAUCUGCUUCCCUGGGUUGCCCAUCAAAAAGCUAUAAGAACAAGCAGAUAUUAAAAUUUCGAUUCGUUCCAAUCCUCUAACGCUGGUGCACCUACAUAUGUACGUAUGUAUGUUUGUGCGGAUAGAAUCAUAAAAUUGCCAUGCUUCGCGUAGGAGAAGGUGGGAUUGCUGCAUCAGUGCUUUACUAAAGUCAACAAAUUUAGGCAUAACCAGCCUGGACAGCGUAAGUAUUUGCUUCAACUACUCACCGAGAAAAAAGUCAAUUAUCUACGCCCACACCAAUCAAUUGACCCGAACUCAAACUUGCGUACUUCUAUACGACACAGACGCUAUACAUCACACUGAGCUGGCUUUGAUACCAGCAGGCAACAUCAUUGCAGCGAAAACUGCCAUAGAACAAGUGCUCACCACUUCAGCAGCAACAUGUCGCAACAACCACUCAUUGUUCAAGCAGAGUAUUCGUUCAAGGGCGGCAAUAACGAUGAACUCUGCUUCAAGAAAGGCGACCUCAUCACAGUUACACAGCGGGAAGAGGGUGGUUGGUGGGAGGGCACACUCAACGAUAAGACUGGCUGGUUUCCCAGCAACUAUGUUAACGAAUACAAGGCACCCUUGCCGCUCACAGAAACGAUACGACCACCAGAGGAGAUACAGGAAUAUCGUUCGGUUGUGCUGAAAGAUCUACUCGACUCGGAGCAUGCACAUGUUGCCGAGAUACAAGGGCUAUUGGAGAAUUUUCUCGAACCAUUGCAACAGACGCAAAUACUCAAUGCUGAUGAGUACGCCCAGUUGAUGUGCAAUUUUGUAGAAGUUGUUAGAACACAUGAAGAAUUGCUCAAACAGAUGGAAGAGUGCAAUGAUCGGGUUGGAAAGUUAUUUCUAACAAAAGCACCGCACAUGAAACAGGUGCAUCAGGCCUACUGUGCUGCCCACCCAAAGGCCAUUGUUAUACUCGACAAGCACAAAGAUGAAUUGGAAAAGUAUAUGGAGCGCCAAGGUGCCGCCUCACCUGGUCUUUUAGUCUUAACGACCGGUCUGUCGAAGCCUUUUCGUCGACUCGAUAAAUACUCGGCCAUGCUGCAGGAACUAGAGCGGCAUAUGGAGAGCAGUCACCCGGAUCGGGGAGACACCCAGCGAAGUGUUGCUGUUUACAAGGACAUUGCGGCGGCUUGCUCAGCAACGAGGCGACAAAAGGAAUUAGAGCUGCAAGUGUUAACAGGGCCAGUGCGAGGCUGGCAGGGCCAGGAGCUCAGUUCAUUAGGUGAUAUAAUACACAUGGGAAGUGUUGCUGUUGGACCUGACCACAGAGAUCGCUAUUUUGUGCUUUUUCCGCAAACUUUGCUGAUACUCAGUGUUAGCCAAAGAAUGAGUGCCUUUAUAUAUGAGGGAAAACUGCCACUAACUGGCAUUAUUGUGAAUCGCCUCGAGGAUAGCGAUACAGUGAAAAAUGCCUUUGAAAUAAGUGGCCCUUUAAUCGAGCGUAUAAUUGCAGUGUGUCAAGGCCCCAACGAGGCGAAUAGAUGGGUUGAGCUGUUAACAUCUGCGAAUCCCACAAUGCCUAUUGGCAUCAAACGUCAAUUGAGUAAUCUAAGCAAUGCAUCAAUGAGCUGUGGAAAUACCGGGCAUGCGCCCCAGCCACCACCACAUAACCCUCAUAUUUUAGAUUCGCGCGGUUAUAGUACACGUUUUUCGCUCUGUGCGUACUACGCUGCUCCACCAUGCAAACCAUAUCGCAUAACAUUGCCUCCGAGUAACUACCCGCCCACCGCACCCUAUGCUAACCUAAGUGCGCAUUUUGCCAAACUAGUAAAGGCGGGCCGUCUAAAAGGUAAUUUAGUGAAAAUGUUGCUCUAUCCGCAAGCGCGACACAGUAUUGACAUUAAGAGUAUUCCUAUGCGUAAGAAACGUGCGCACAAGUCUUCGGCAAAAGUGCAGAAAUCUAAACAUCAUGAAAUCGACUACUCCAACUCAUCAGAGCGUUCAGAACUGGAGCGUCAGGACGCCUUUGAAUUGCCUACCGACUCUGAAAGUGACGAAGACGAUGACUAUGAGAAAUUUUCCGACUGUGAUUCAAAUCCUUUCGAAUAUGUUAAUUUUCAUGCAAAUCGACGUGAUUCCAUUGACGAGCCUUCACGGCGCAGGGAGCGUCAUUGUUCAUCUAUAAAUCUAAUCAAAUUGGAUACAGAUAGCACUGAUGAUUGCGUACAGCCGUCUGCUGGGCCUGUUGCUUUGCAGAAGGAAUCGCUGGUCAUCGGUUCGAAAGCAAUGCAAGCGCUGGUGCGCAAAUCCACGGAUAGUGUUGUCAUUCAUACCACGACCGCACACCUGGAUCUGAGUUGUGGUGGCGGUAUGACGAGUUGUGUGGAGGAGUUAACUGAAGAUUCAGCAAGUAUUCAACAAAAUUUGCACCACCUUGCGUCGCAGGCUUCCCAUGCCUCCUCUGUGUUUUGUGAAAGACUUGGGGGCACGUUUGUGGCAUGCGAGAAUCUAGCCAAUAUGUCGGAUGAAACGAAGAUAAAACUAAUUCCGCAAGAUUCCGAAUCACACGCAGAGCGACAUAGUAUGCCGAAUUUAUUUGUUGGUAAUCGCUUCAAUCGUAACUCUAAGACGGCAGUCUACGUUCCAACAUGGCAAGAGCGUAAGGAAGCUUACAAUUUGAGUGUGGAUGCACUGAAACAUGAGAGUUUCGGCAGUGGAAACGCAAGUGGCGAGUUUAAUUAUAGUGAUAAUGAUGAUGAUAACAACGAUGAUGAUAAUGAUGAUGACGAGGAUGAUGUUACGCAUUCCAGUACUUUAGACUUGCCGGCUGAGUGUUUAACGGCGCCGGAUAAACUGCAAGCGGAGUUGCUAUAUAAUUUCGAUGAAAGCUGCUUGGAUACACAAACCAUCGCGGUGGGCUACGACGAUAUUAUAUCCCCACCUACAAUGUUCAAGCCACAAUUUCUUUUCAACCAAACUGCUGAGAGCAACGAGCCACAACAAGAGCGAAAAAAAACUUCAACAAAAGAAUCGCAUCCUCAAGACGACGACAACGUUGUUGCCUUACACAAUAGUCAAUCUACGACCGAACUCUAUAUUGAGCCGCAGCGCUCUAGUGGCUGUUCGGACAACAGCAAACCGCAACGCACUAAUUCAAUGAGACGUUGCAUCAGUUACCAGUUUGUGCAAAUGUCCAAUCAACAUGUCGAUGAUGGCGCUGCGGCAAUGGAUACGGGACCUUCGACCAGUGGACGCAGUGCCGGCAACCAAAGUAAUGAAAAUUCUUGCGGCAAUCAUGAUCGCAUAGAUCGCAACAUUCCAGUGGAUCGCAUACGCCGUCAGCAGCAGCAGCAUCAAUUACGCAAGGAAAAUAACGGUGUGCCCUGCACAAAGUGUAAAUGCUGUGAGAGUUCGCAAUGCCCCAGUCCAAGAUCUAGCGACUCUGGCAUGGCUGGCAGUUGUACGAUUGCCUCACCAGAUCCACCACUUGUCGACAACGUCCUACAAUUCGGACACUACUACGCUGGGGAGCACUUUCCUAUGUCACCACCAGAACCAUCAAAUUCAGAUUCCAAUGCAAUUACUGAUCUCACGCGAUUCGAUGUUUGCGGCAUGUUUCGCGCAAAAUUCCUCACUCCCGAAGCAACACAGGAUCUGGCCGAUAAUGCUGAAUGUGAUACGCAGCCUCAACAACUGCAUCAUCAAUACUCGCUUCCUUUGCGAGCAACGGCGUCCGAGGGCGCGCCGAUCUCAACAAUAACUACAGCUGAGCUUCAAAUAUCAGCAAGUAAUGCAACUAUCGACACUGUGGCAACGAACUCCACUCAUCAGUUGAUGACUGGUAGCCAACCAAAUAUGCAAUUCUCUUCAAGUCUCGAUGACAUCGACGGCGUUUCCGCGGCGGCAAGUACGGCAGAUGGACAGCUGUUUCGUUCUGGCAUGUACGCACAUUGGUGGAAGAAGGAAAAACUACCACCGGCCGUGGUGCGCGGUAUCGCUAAAGCCUUACAAACCCCGCAACCCAGCAAGGAUUCUCGUUGCUCGAUGUGCUCCAGCUGUGCUAGCUAUGUGUCUGGAGGUGGGAGUGGGUUUAGUGAAGGCACUGCGUACUCAUCAAUUUGUCGGGAAUGUGUGUGCUUUUGUAGAUCCAAUUCAGGCGUACAAUGCGACACAAAUACUACAAUGACCACCUCCAUGGUGCAGUGCCCAUUGUGCUCCUCAGGCGACGGCAGUGGCAGUGGAACUUCAGCAGAUAUGCCAGACACUCCGGCAGCGGGUAGCGAGCGCCUAAGUCGCAUCUCUUUUAGCAACGGGGGUGCAGUUACGGCCACCACUACCAGCACUUCAACUGUUUCAAGUCCCACCAGCUCAUUGGAUUGUCCCAUUUGCAAAGGACUUAUUGCGAGAGGCGAAUCGAUGAGUUCUCUGGCGAUGGCCGACGAUGAUGCGGCUGGAUUAGCGUGUGACUCUAGUGAAAAUGCUGUACAGCGACACUCUUCGCAUUCGACUGCAAAAACUUCCACCCCUGCGGCAAUCGUUGAAGAUGUCUCCACCCGCGAACCUCGGCAUGCUGGCGGCGCAACGCACAAACUCCCAACAAACCACAGCAGCAGCGGCGUCAAUGGCAACAUCUCUGUCGCAUCAGUCACAACACAAACGGAGCCUGUCGUUCAAUCAUCAUCUCAGCUACAAUCAAUACACGCACAAUCAGCCUCCACCACCUCAUCAUCAUCUUCCACCACCGCCACAAAGUCUACCAAAUCAUCCGGUGGCGCCAAGCCACAAAUCAAAUUUAGUCCCGACAUCGAGCAGUAUUUCAAAGAGCCAACACCAAGCGGCAGCGGCGGCAAGCAUGGCGGCACCCACAAGCGCAAGGAUAGGAAACACAAAAGCUAAUUGGAGCAUAAGAAAUCUGCGACCAGCACCACCGUUGCGUCCCAAUCUGCUCAAUGCGACGACGCAUAGUGGCGGCAGCGGCGGUACUAGUGGCAGUGGCAGCGCUAAUGCGCUCGCCAGUUACUGCUGCGGUCGGCGGUUGCAGCCAACUUUUGAGGAAGAUGUACUGGUUUUGAGAGUUUUUGAGGGCUACUGUGCUGCCUUUCAGAAUACUGCGCGCAACA